AUGCGUUCUGGGCAUAAAUAUACGAAAGUGAUUUUAUCCAUAGGAAUUAUUUCUAUAUUGACUUUCAUUAUUACUACCAUUUCAAAUCUAUCCAAUUCACAUACACCUAAUAAAUGUAUCCCCCCCACUGAGUUCAAUUUCACAUUGGAAGUAUUACAAAAAAGAACAAAUUUGAUGAAUAUCAAAGAAAAACAAACUUGUCAAACAAUUUGUAAAGAUUUGAAAAAAAUAAUACCACAGAAUCGACGAAGAAGAAGCAGAAGAGCGCCAAAGAAAACUAGCCUUAUUAUUUCACAUCAUUUAAUCGGUGGAUCUUGGAUGUUUAAAGAUAACAACAGCGGAAAGUCUGUUGAUUCAGAGGAUUUGUGUAAUUCCUCUCCAAAAUCUGGUGUAGCUAUUCUUUUCGUGUGUAAUAAUCGAUGGAAACAACUCAACACAAUAUUGCCUAACUUGAUAUCAAUUUUACAAAAACAACACUUAUGCUAUCGUAUAUUUGUCAUUGAACAAGAAGAGACCACGCUGAUAAAUAAAGCUAUGCUAAUGAAUAUUGGAUUUAUAGAAGCGAUGAAAUUAUUUCACUUUGCUUGUAUUGUAUUUCAUGAUACCGAUUUAAAUCCUUUAAAUGAUCGUAUCCCAUAUGGAUGUGAUGAACAAACAGCUUUAACACCAGUUCACUUGGGUGUUGCAUUAGAUACAAGAAAUUUCACACUUCUCUAUGAUACUUUAAUUGGUGGUGUAUUGAAGAUAUCCGUGGAACACUUUUUAACUGUCAAUGGUUAUUCAAAUAGUUAUUGGGGAUGGGGUCAAGAAGAUGAUGAUAUGGAGAUAAGAUUGAAAACUGCUAAUAUUCAAUAUAUUCAUGCAGAUGAAUCAAUAGCACGUUAUCAAGCUAUACCGCAUAGUCAACAGUCACAAUCUAUGGUAUCAGAACAUGUGAAAUUAUUGAAAACUGCUGUAUGCCGUAUGCCAUAUGAUGGAUUGACAAGUUUAAAUUAUCAUAUUCGAUCGAUUAAGUAUAAGGCAUACUUUACACAUAUUUUAGUCUCAAUUGGAUCAUAUACUGGAUAAGAGGGGAAUGCAGUGAGAUCAAUUUUCGAGAGGAUUCUUGAAUUCAUCUUUACCGGUUAAAAGUAUGUCAUUGUCGAUUUAAACAAGACGUUGUUACUAUGCUUCUCCGUCAACUCACAUGAGAAUACUUCGCUCUGUGUUGGUUUUAUUAAAUCCUGUCCUUCAGGGUUGUAGCGGUUAAUUCAACUUUAAUUUCAAACUUAAUGUACAGAAAUUUGGUUAUCUUCUU